GGCCGGUUGUCAGUCGGUGGCAGUUUCCUCGCUCUCCUAUUGUUUGUGGCCGGUGCGCGAGCGAGCGAGCGCGCGGUGGGGGGCGGCGGCGGGAGACUGCGAGCCCAAACCGUCUCAAUAUUGAAAGUCAACGGCUGUCUCGCUCCGGAGGUUCGUGGGGUUUCGAAACAAAACGCCGCGCUUAACGAUGCUUCGUUUCAGUGUGAGGAGGCGGUAGCGGCAGUAGGAUCUCAAUACGGGCAUUUUGUUUACGUGUUUGCAAGACCUCGGCCUGGAAGACGACGACGAAGAGCUCGGAGCGAGAAGAAAGCGGAGCCGCUUCCUCGCCGUCCUGCUCGGAGUCACCGGCCGGCCCGAGGUGGGAGUGCAAACCACUGAGGACCAGGAGAGCCGGCGCAGGCAGACAGACGGGAGGCCUCUCCUUGUGCGGGAGGAGCCGUCGCCGCCAUCCUUUCUCUUCCUCCAGGAUUUUUAAAUAACUCGGCCUUUUAAACCGAGGGGGCCCUCCCGGAGCCGUCGAGAAACGGGUGGCAGGACGGGAUCCAUGUAACGGCCGAAGGCCUCGGAAGCACCGACGGUUUGGAGGAGUCGCCGAGCCCCCUCCCGGAGAGUGACGAUACCCUUGUGAAGACCACAACCGCCAGAUCCCCGAGCCGCAGCAAGCUAAGUGAAUCCCCCGGAGUAGGGGGGAACGGGAACCUUCGCAAAGAUGUCCAAAGGAGACGGAGAGUCCGGAGGCUUGACUUGGGUGACGUUAUUCAGCAAUCAGAAAAAUCUUGCAAAUAAAGAAGAAAUAAAUGCGAAGAGCGACACUUCAAAAAAGAUGUCAGAAGCUUCCAAAAAGAUGUCCGUGGAGAGGGUUUAUCAGAAGAAAACACAGCUGGAACAUAUCCUUCUCCGUCCUGACUCGUACAUUGGUUCUGUGGAACCAGUAACCCAGCCAAUGUGGGUAUAUGAUGAAGAUGUGGGCAUGAACUUGAGGGAUAUCACCUAUGUUCCUGGCUUGUACAAAAUAUUUGAUGAGAUUCUUGUUAAUGCAGCUGAUAACAAGCAGAGAGACAAGAAUAUGACAUGCAUCAAAAUUUCGAUUGAUGCGGAUUCCAACAUUAUUAGUAUUUGGAAUAAUGGGAAAGGCAUUCCAGUAGUGGAGCACAAAGUAGAAAAAGUGUUUGUACCUGCUUUGAUUUUUGGCCAGUUGUUAACAUCCAGUAAUUACGACGAUGAUGAAAAGAAAGUCACGGGUGGCAGAAACGGCUAUGGUGCUAAACUCUGCAACAUAUUUAGCACCAAGUUUACUGUUGAAACAGCCUGCAAGGAAUACAAAAACAGUUUUAAGCAGACAUGGACAAAUAAUAUGAACAAAUCAUCUGACGCAAAGAUUAAAUACUUUGAUGGUGAUGAUUAUACAUGUAUUACAUUCCAACCUGAUCUCUCAAAAUUCAAGAUGGAAAAACUGGAUAAAGAUAUAGUGGCACUCAUGACACGCAGAGCUUAUGAUGUCGCUGGGUCAUGUAGAGGAGUUAAAGUCAUGUUAAAUGGAAAAAAAUUACCGAUAAAUGGCUUCCGCAGCUAUGUUGAUCUUUAUGUGAAAGAUAAAUUGGAUGAAACUGGUGUUGCACUGAAGGUGGUUCAUGAAACUGUGAAUGAUCGUUGGGAAGUAUGUCUAACCAUGAGUGAGAAAGGCUUCCAGCAAAUCAGCUUUGUAAAUAGCAUUGCUACCACAAAGGGUGGUCGACAUGCUGAUUAUGUAGUUGACCAAAUUGUUAGUAAACUGAUUGAAGUGGUGAAAAAGAAGAACAAAGCUGGAGUAUCAGUGAAACCUUUUCAGGUAAAAAAUCAUAUAUGGGUCUUUGUUAACUGCCUCAUUGAAAAUCCAACGUUUGAUUCUCAAACAAAAGAAAAUAUGACUCUCCAACCUAAGAGUUUUGGCUCCAAGUGUGUACUUUCUGAGAGAUUCUUUAAAGCGGCAAACAACUGUGGUAUUGUUGAAAGUAUACUGAAUUGGGUCAAAUUUAAAGCUCAAACACAACUGAACAAGAAGUGUUCGUCAGUAAAACACAGCAAAAUCAAAGGCAUUCCAAAAUUGGAUGAUGCUAAUGAUGCAGGUGGCAGACAUUCUUCAGACUGUACAUUGAUUCUGACUGAAGGUGAUUCAGCUAAAUCCUUGGCUGUAUCAGGCCUAGCUGUCAUUGGACGCGACAGAUAUGGUGUGUUCCCGUUGAGGGGUAAAAUUCUCAAUGUUCGAGAAGCUUCACAUAAACAGAUAAUGGAAAAUGCAGAAAUCAACAACAUUAUCAAGAUAGUUGGCCUUCAGUACAAGAAGAGUUAUGAUGAUGCAGAGUCUCUGAAAUCUCUUCGCUAUGGCAAGAUUAUGAUCAUGACUGAUCAGGAUCAGGAUGGCUCUCAUAUCAAAGGCUUGCUGAUUAACUUCUUCCAUCAUAACUGGCCAUCUCUGCUGCGGCACCAAUUCUUGGAGGAGUUCAUUACACCUAUUGUAAAGGCUACCAAAAAUAAACAAGAAUUAGCAUUCUACAGCAUUCCUGAAUUUGAUGAAUGGAAAAAACAAGCAGACAACAACAAAUCUUGGAAAGUAAAAUACUACAAAGGUCUCGGUACAAGUACAUCAAAAGAAGCAAAAGAAUACUUUGCUGAUAUGGACAGGCACCGCGUAAUGUUUAGAUACACUGGCCCGGAGGAUGACGCUGCAAUUACUCUGGCUUUCAGCAAAAAGAAGAUAGAUGAUCGAAAAGAAUGGCUGACCAAUUUCAUGGAAGACCGAAGACAGAGAAGGCUACAUGGCCUGCCAGAGCAAUAUUUAUAUGGAACAGCAACAAAGUACUUGACGUACAAUGACUUCAUCAACAAAGAAUUAAUCCUUUUCUCAAAUUCUGAUAACGAAAGAUCUAUUCCUUCUCUUGUUGAUGGCUUAAAACCUGGGCAACGCAAAGUCUUAUACACAUGCUUCAAGAGAAAUGAUAAACGAGAAGUUAAGGUUGCUCAGUUGGCAGGAUCAGUGGCUGAAAUGUCGGCUUAUCACCAUGGUGAGCAAGCACUUAUGAUGACCAUUGUAAACUUGGCUCAAAACUUUGUAGGAAGUAACAAUAUAAGUCUGUUGCAGCCAAUUGGCCAGUUUGGUACCAGACUACAUGGUGGCAAAGAUGCUGCUAGUCCUCGAUAUAUUUUCACUAUGUUAAGUCCAUUGGCACGUUUGCUUUCCCCUCAAAUGGAUGACAAUUUGUUGAAGUUCCUUUAUGAUGACAAUCAGCGUGUCGAACCAGAGUGGUACUGCCCCAUAAUUCCUAUGGUUCUUGUUAAUGGAGCUGAAGGUAUUGGUACAGGAUGGGCUUGUAGAAUUCCUAAUUAUGACGCCAGGGAGCUGGUCAACAAUGUUAGGCGGAUGCUUGAUGGCCUGGAUCCCCUACCUAUGCUUCCAAGCUACAAGAAUUUUAAAGGAACAAUUCAUGAAGUGGGGCAAAAUCAAUAUGUUGUCAGUGGUGAAAUCUUGGUUUUGGAUCGAAAUACAAUAGAAAUUACAGAACUGCCAGUUAGGACCUGGACACAGGCAUACAAAGAACAAGUCCUUGAGCCAAUGCUUAAUGGGACAGAAAAGACACCAGCUUUGAUAAAUGACUACAAAGAAUAUCAUACUGAUGCUUCAGUAAAGUUUGUUGUAAAAAUGUCAGAAGAGAAACUUGCACAAGCAGAAGCUGCUGGCUUACAUAAGGUGUUCAAACUACAAACGACACUCACUUGCAACUCAAUGGUACUAUUUGAUCAUAUGGGUUGCUUGAAGAAGUACGAAACUGUACAUGACAUCUUGAAGGAGUUCUUUGAUCUGAGGUUGCAUUAUUAUGGUCUCAGGAAAGAGUGGUUGUCAGGAAUGUUUGGAGCAGAGUCUGCAAAGCUGAACAACCAAGCUCGCUUCAUUCUAGAGAAAAUACAAGGAAAGAUUACAAUUGAGAAUAAAUCAAAGAGGGAUCUUUACCAAAUGCUCAUCCAACGGGGCUAUGAAUCUGAUCCAAUCAAAGCCUGGAAAGAAGCUCAAGAGAAGACAGCUGCAGAAGAGGAUUUGUUGGAACUAGAUGAUGGCACUUCAAGUAUUUCAGGUGCUGGGUCUGGACCAGACUUCAACUACAUCUUGAAUAUGCCUCUUUGGUGCCUUACAAAGGAGAAAGUAGAAGAACUAUUAAAACAGAGGGAUGCAAAAGGAAAGGAGCUUGAUGAUCUGAAGAGAAAAACUCCUCCUGACCUUUGGAAAGAUGAUCUUGCUGCAUUUAUUGAAGAGCUUGAUCGUGUGGAAGCCCAAGAGAGAGAGGAUCUUCUGGCAGGAUCGUUUGGUAAGGCAGUUAAGGGCAAGGUUGGUAAACCAAAAAUUAAAAAGCUACAACUUGAAGAAACUCUACCCUCAGUCCAUGGCAGAAGAGUUGAACCAGUCAUCAGCCUUGCAAUGAGAGCAGAUGCCACAAAAAAGAUGAUCAAGAGAAAAGGAAAGGGUGAUCCAGAUGCAAUAAAACUGGAAUUUGAUGAAGAAGUUGGAGCAGGCAUAGGUGAAGGAAAUGGAGAAGAAGUAUUGAAUGCAAGUGAACCCAAAGUCAAAGCUCCGCGACUGAAGAAAGAAAAGAAGGAACCUGGUGUGAGAGCAAGGAAAAUGCCACAGAGUUCCAAAUCCAAUGUCAAGAAAGGAAAGAAGAAAAAUCCCUGGUCUGAUUCAGAGUCUAAAUCAGAUGAUGAUCUAGAAGAACCUGAUUUAACGUUUAUUCCAAGAGAAAUCACACCUCGAAGAGCUGCAGCUGAAAAGCCGAAGUAUACAUUUGAUUUCUCAGAAGAGGAAGCAGAUGAUGAUGAUGAUUUGAAAAUGAAAUCUGAAUCUCCAAGCGUGGAAGAAAGGGAUGCUGAAUUUGUUCCUUCAGACAGUGGAGGGAAGGAUGAAGAUGAUGAUUUCUUCUCCAUUAAAUCCAAGCCAUCAUUACAUGCCGGAAAGGUUAGUCCACAGCCUACAAAAAACCAUGAACCAGAAAGCAUAUUCUCACCAUCGUAUCAUGAGAGAAUAGAAGAAGCAGAUCUCUUAAAAUCAGACAGUGAUGAAGAUUCAUCGCCAGUGUAUUCAUCUCUCAGCAGUAUUAAGAGCUCACACAAGGCUCCUGCCAAAAUACAGACACUUCCACCUUCUAAGAAGGUGACAAAGAAAACACCCACCACUGAUAGUCCAUCCAAACCCAAACGACCACCUAAACCAAAAAAAUCAGAGCAUAUCGAUUCUGACUCUGACUUUGGUUGUGGACUAACAAAAAAGGCAACACCAGCAAAACGGAAGCAGGCAGCUAAACCGAAAAAAUCUGAAUUUGUAGACUCUGAUUCAGAAUCAGACUUGGGUUCUGGCGUGUUAAAGAAAUCAGGACCACCAAAAGGUAAAAGUCGAGGAAAGAAGAGAAAACAAUCUGGCUCUGAAGAUGAUGAAUAUUCUCCUGUGAAGAAACCUAAUAAAUCAUCAGCAAGCAAGAAAUCUAAAAAAUCAAUAUAUGAUGAUGAAGAUGGUGAAAAUGAUUUUGAACCAGCUGAUAGUGUUCGAAGCGCACAUCCUGAUGCAUCUCAGUCUAGGCUGGGCCGAGCCAAGAAAGAGGUGAAAUAUUUUAUAGAAUCAGAUGAAGAUGACUAUGACGAUGAUAUGUAUGAUUAACUGUUUUAAAAAAUUGAAGCAAAAUAAUGUAUCUUGUGUCUCUUUAUUUUUGUCUCUUCUAUCUGGUUCUUUUGUACAUUUGGCUCGGUUUUUGUGAAAUUGUACCUGUUUUUAUUGUGUGUAGAUGUUCUUAACAUUUUAUCAUGCAUACAUGCAAUUUUAUUCACUUUUUUACUUCGUACAAAAUUCAUGUCUGUUUUGAGUAGUCUUGUAGAAAUGUAAUAGAAUGCUGAAAGCACAUUUUAACUGUUUAAGUGAAAAAGAAUUGCAAAUCUGAAUGCGCUUUUUUUUUAAAAAUGAUCUUGAAAUAAACUUUUAGAAAUGGA